AUGGCCAGCUAUCCGGAGGCCGCUACGCUGACGGCUGCAGUGAAUGGGCGACUUACGAACGUUGAGGGUCGAAGGUUGAUCCCGCCGGAGUUAGUCGAGAUGUGGACCGAGCACAGCGAGCGGGCGACACUGCCCACCAUCCUGGAUGGGUUCGGCCUGGAUCCAAGGGACAGAAACGCUUUCGGGAGAUGGAGGCCGGGAAGUGACAUUUACAGUAGAAGUUUUUCUGGCAAGAUUCGCAGAAUUCAUCGGUAUUUUACAGCGGAGAUUGAGAAACUGCGACUGGCUGGGAAUGUUGAUGAUUAUGAUGUGCUCGAGGCAGCUUUCGCCUGGCUUCGCUCCAGACGAGGAUUCUCUGCUGAGGAUCCGAUCGAACAGGAGUCGGAGAACGAGGGCGAGGCGGAGGCCGGAGAGGCUCCUUCCGAGGAGCCGGUGGAGAGAGCAGCCGGCUAUGUCCUGGAGUAUCUGGAGAAGAAACUGCAAGAAGUGGAACACGGCGAAUUUAAAGCUGAAUCACCGCAGGAGGUGACCACCCGAGACGAACUAGAUCCAGAUACUUUGGUUCCGGUGUGGGACUCGAAAGGUGUUAUGACAGUCAAGCGUGGAAGUUCUCGUGUAGCCCUUUCUUCAAACCCAGAGGAACUUCGACGCCGCUUGAACAUUAUGAUCAACGCCUAUCUCAUGCUGAAACUUGAGUUUCCAGGGCGCUCGGACCUGCAGGAUCUCGAAGCUGACCUCUUCGAGCGAUACAAGGAGUACCUGCUGGGAGAUUAUGUGCACAACCUGCAGGCUCGCGACUCUGCUGAUAGUGUUGUUCAUACACCACCCUGGCAGCUGGUUCUCUCCUACGAGCAAGCAGUUCGGAAGCAGGCUUUUCAUUACAUGGUGACGGAUUCCAUUGCUAUGGGUGCGGCCUGGGAGAAAGCUUGGAAAGAUCCAGUGACUAAGGAGCGGCACUUCUCUACACCAUUGUCACUGUAUGCCAAGCGCAACUCCGGGUCUCCCCCCACGCGAGACUUGGACUACACGACCUCCAGGCAGGGGUCAGAGGGGCAGCAAGGGAAACCGUGGGACGUCUCGCACCUUUAA